CCGCCCGGCGCGCGGCGCUCCGUUCGCUCGGGCAAGAUGGCGUCGGUGUGGGACGAGUCCGAGGACGGCGUGGGCGAGGAGGUGCUCAAGAUGUCCACGGAGGAGAUCGUGCAGCGCACGCGCCUCCUCGACAGCGAGAUCAAGAUCAUGAAGAGUGAAGUGCUGAGAGUGACCCAUGAGCUUCAGGCCAUGAAGGACAAGAUCAAAGAGAACAGCGAGAAGAUCAAAGUGAACAAAACUUUGCCGUACCUUGUGUCCAAUGUCAUUGAGCUGCUGGAUGUUGACCCCAAUGACCAGGAGGAGGAUGGAGCGAACAUUGACCUGGAUUCCCAGCGGAAGGGCAAGUGUGCAGUGAUCAAGACCUCUACUCGCCAGACCUAUUUCCUGCCUGUUAUUGGGCUGGUUGAUGCUGAGAAACUGAAGCCUGGAGACCUAGUGGGAGUGAACAAAGACUCUUACUUGAUCCUGGAGACUCUGCCUACGGAAUAUGAUUCACGGGUGAAAGCCAUGGAGGUGGAUGAGAGGCCCACAGAGCAGUACAGUGACAUCGGGGGGCUGGAUAAACAAAUCCAGGAGCUUGUGGAGGCCAUUGUCCUGCCAAUGAAUCAUAAGGAGAAGUUUGAAAAUUUGGGUAUACAGCCACCCAAAGGAGUGCUGAUGUAUGGACCUCCUGGGACAGGGAAGACGCUUUUAGCUCGAGCGUGUGCUGCCCAGACCAAGGCUACCUUCCUGAAGCUUGCUGGCCCACAGCUCGUGCAGAUGUUCAUUGGUGAUGGCGCUAAGCUGGUACGAGAUGCCUUUGCUUUAGCCAAGGAGAAAGCCCCCUCCAUCAUCUUUAUUGAUGAACUGGAUGCCAUUGGCACCAAAAGGUUUGAUAGUGAGAAGGCUGGUGACCGGGAGGUGCAGAGGACCAUGCUGGAGCUGCUUAAUCAACUGGAUGGUUUCCAACCCAACACACAAGUCAAGGUGAUUGCUGCAACCAACCGGGUUGAUAUCUUGGACCCAGCUCUGCUGCGCUCUGGCCGAUUAGAUCGCAAGAUCGAGUUCCCAAUGCCUAACGAGGAAGCCCGAGCCAGAAUCAUGCAGAUCCAUUCACGCAAAAUGAAUGUCAGUCCUGAUGUGAAUUAUGAGGAACUGGCUCGCUGCACAGAUGAUUUCAAUGGAGCCCAGUGCAAAGCAGUGUGUGUGGAAGCGGGGAUGAUCGCCCUGCGCCGUGGCGCUACAGAGCUCACCCACGAGGACUACAUGGAGGGAAUCCUGGAGGUUCAAGCAAAGAAAAAAGCCAAUCUGCAGUACUAUGCCUGAUCUCUGCCCAGGCACGAGGGUGGCCUUGGCUUUGGUUGAGAGAGGACAAGACUGGACUGUACCACUUACUUUCUGUCUAGAAAAAAUAAAACUUUUUUUUUCCUUCUAAGAACAAAUCCUUGUUGUGUUGGGGCCAUUGCCCUUCCUGUAUCGUCCUGCAACUACAACAGGGAAGGGGAGAACCUCCCUAAUUUGGUGCCCAUCCUGCUGCCUUUGGAGCCUCCUUCUGCUAUAACCGGAUUAACUCCUG